AUGUACUCGCAGAGUAUUGUCUCAAAGAAUGCACUACAGUAUCGGGGGAAUUCCCAGCAUGAUGCCCAGGAGUUUCUGCUAUGGCUUUUGGACCGUGUGCAUGAAGAUCUCAACAAUUUUGUGAAACAGAGCGGCCGACCUCCCUUGAAGCCUCCAUUAGAAGAUGAUGUGGUACCUGAAGGACCCUCCUUUCCAGUCAGUAGCACUUUUGUACAAGAACUUUUUCAAGCCCAAUACAGAUCCUCUUUGACUUGUCCUCAUUGCCAGAAGCAGAGUAAUACUUUUGACCCUUUCCUCUGCAUUUCUUUGCCAAUUCCUCUGCCCCACACAAGGCCUCUCUAUGUCACAGUCGUGUAUCAAGGAAAAUGCUCUCAUUGCAUGAGAAUUGGAGUGGCUGUACCUUUGUCUGGAACUGUAGCUAGGCUUCGGGAAGCAGUGUCUAUGGAAACGAAGAUCCCAACUGAUCAGAUUGUUUUAACGGAAAUGUACUAUGAUGGGUUCCAUCGCUCCUUUUGUGACACAGAUGAUCUGGAAACAGUGCAUGAGAGUGACUGCAUUUUUGCCUUUGAGACUCCAGAGAUAUUUAGACCUGAAGGAAUUCUUAGUCAAAGAGGAAUGCAUCUAAACAACAACCUGAACAACUUGAAGUUUGGCAGUGAUCACCAUAGAAUAUCUUCCCAUGCACAGACAGCCACAAAACAAGCAAAGCCGGACCUUCCUUCUACAAGAACAGGAAAUGACAAGAUUGUUCUGCUGGUGUGUAAUAGAGCAUGCACUGGGCAGCAGGGGAAAAGAUUUGGACAACCCUUUGUGCUACACUUAGAAAAGACAAUAGCAUGGGAUCUCUUGCAGAAGGAGAUCUUGGAAAAGAUGCAGUAUUUUUUGAGGCCCACAGUUUGCAUCCAGGUGUGCCCAUUUAGCUUGCGUGUUGUCAGUGUUGUGGGAAUAACAUACUUACUACCACAAGAGGAGCAACCUUUGUGCCACCCGACUGUGGAAAGGGCAUUAAAGUCAUGUGGACAAGGUGGUACUGCUCAUGUGAAGUUAGUAGUGGAAUGGGACAAAGAGACAAAAGAUUACUUGUUUGUAAACACAGAAGAUGAAUAUGUCCCUGAUGCAGAAAGUGUCCGUUUGCAGAGGGAACAUCAUCACCAGCCUCAGACUUGCACUUUAUCACAGUGUUUUCAACUGUACACCAAAGAGGAACAGCUUGCUCCAGAUGAUGCUUGGCGUUGUCCACACUGUAAGCAGCUGCAGCAAGGGAGCAUAACAUUAAGCUUGUGGACCUUGCCUGAUGUGCUUAUUAUACAUCUGAAGAGAUUUCGACAGGAGGGUGACAGGCGAAUGAAGCUCCAGAACAUGGUGAAAUUCCCUCUGACUGGCCUGGAUAUGACACCUCAUGUGGUAAAACGGAGCCAGAGUAGCUGGAGCCUUCCAUCCCAUUGGUCCCCAUGGAGGCGUCCCUAUGGACUAGGGAGAGAUCCUGAGGACUAUAUCUAUGAUCUUUAUGCUGUGUGUAAUCACCAUGGGACCAUGCAAGGAGGACAUUAUACAGCAUACUGUAAGAACUCUGUGGAUGGUCUCUGGUACUGCUUUGAUGACAGUGAUGUGCAGCAGUUGUCUGAGGAUGAAGUCUGUAAGCAGACCGCAUAUAUACUUUUCUACCAGAGGCGGACAGCUAUACCAUCAUGGUCAGCCAACAGCUCGGUGGCAGGUUCCACAAGUUCUUCACUGUGUGAACACUGGGUAAGCCGGCUUCCAGGGAGUAAGCAAGCCAGCGUCACUUCUGCAGCUUCCUCUAGGCGGACAUCUCUGGCUUCGCUCUCCGAGUCGGUGGAGUUGACUGGGGAAAGAAGUGAAGAUGAUGGUGGGUUCUCAACUCGACCAUUUGUAAGGAGUGUCCAGCGCCAAAGCUUGUCAUCCAGGUCCUCUGUCACCAGCCCCCUGGCUGUCAAUGAAAACUGCAUCAGACCCUCUUGGUCCCUGUCUGCAAAGCUGCAAAUGCGUUCAAACUCCCCAUCCCGUUUUUGUGGUGACUCUCCUGUGCAUACUUCUGCCUCUACCUUGGAGAAGAUUGGGGAGGCAGUAGAUGAUAAAGUCUCUAUCUCUUGUUUUGGUAGCUUAAGGAACCUUUCUAGUAGCUACAUGGAACCAAGUGAGAGCCACAGCAGGCGGGAGCACCGGGCUGUGGGGAGAGCCCCUCUGGCUGUUAUGGAAAGUGUAUUCAGAGAUGAGUCAGUUCCUAGGAAAGUGACUCCGAGUCUCUCUGAUACACAGAGCAAAAUCUCAGCCCCAGGGGACCGAGUGCAUCCUGUUUCAGAUCCCUUUGAUAACAAUAAUCAGAUUGCCUAUGUGGAUCAGAGUGAUUCUGUGGACAGCUCCCCUGUCAAAGAGGCAAAGCCCCCAAGUGGCUCCGGCUUACUUGCGGAAAAGUCAGAGAGCACAACUAAGAAGUCCCCUAGCUCCAAAGGGGUUUCUGAGCCAGAUAAAAGCCUGAGGAAAGGGAGGACAGUCUUGGCUCGCCAAGAGUCAUCUCUUUCAAACACUUCCCCCACUUCUCCCGUUCCCUUAAAAAGCUCUGUAAAGACUUCCCGCUCUAGAAGCAAAGCAGAAUCUUCGCAAGUCAGUAGGCGACAUGCAUCCCCUAUUCCUGGUCAGUCAAAAAAGGAGUCAUCCACCAAAUCCCAGGACACUGUGACUGUUCAGCAGAAACAAAAGUUAGCUUCCUCCUCUGCUUCUAUUUCUUCCUCUACAGCUGCCAAAAAAAUCCCUUUGGGCUCUGCCCCCAGGGGUCCCUCCUCUGCUGGGAAGAGUAGGACUUCAGACAGAAGCCUGAGCCGGGAAGGCUCCAAAGCAAGCCUUGGUUCUGACAAAGCCAGUGUCACUUCCACUUCCAAACCAAACUCCCCUCGAGUGGGUCAGUCUAAAGGCGGGGAGAACAGAAUGGACGGGAAGCAUGUUAGGAGUUCCUCCAUGGCCAGCCUGCGGUCUCCCAACCCAGGCAUGAAGUCAGGUUUGAAGAGAGACAGCAAGUCAGAAGACAAAGGGCUGUCCUUCUUCAAAUCAGCUCUGAGACAGAAGGAGACCCGGAGAUCAACUGAUCUUGGGAAAACCACGUUGCUCACCAAGAAAUCAGGCGGAGGUUCCACUAAGGCAUCCGGCAAGAACACAAUGGAUGAGAAGUCAGAGAAGGGCAGCCAGCCACUGCCCUCCCAGCAGCCAAAUGCAAAUACUGUUUCAAAAGAGCAGCCUGCUUCCAAGGAUUCCACUUCUGUAAAACAUUCCCUCCUUUCUACCCGCAGAUCCAAGUCUUCCCAGCUAGAUUCUGGAAAUCCUUUGUCUCCUAGUAGCAAGCAGUCUGCUGAAAAAUCUUUAAAAAAGUUACCUUCUAGCAUGCACACCUCUGCACGGCCUUCUCAAAAACCUCAGUGAAGAUUUCUGCAAACCAGGUGUUUUAUCUGUAAAGACGCUUAUUUAUUCAGACCUGAGAACUCUAUUUUCGUUCCCUU